ACACAUUUUAGGUGUGUAUGUUCUGGGAGAAGAAGAAAAGAUCACACGUGUUUGUACCACCAGCCAUAACUUUUAUCUUUAUUUCUGGAAUUACCUGGAUUAUAAUAAAGAAAAAUGCCGAAGGUUAAAGCGGAAAAGAAAAGUCGCCAACAUCAAGAGGUUAAAAAUCAAGGUAUCAUGUUUAACACUGGCAUUGGACAGCACAUCCUCAAGAACCCUUUAGUUGUGAAUGGUAUCAUAGAAAAGGCUGCUCUUAGACCAACAGAUGUUGUUCUUGAAGUGGGACCAGGUACAGGAAACAUGACUGUAAAACUGCUAGAAAAGGCUAAAAAGGUUGUGGCUUGUGAGUUGGAUUGCAGAUUGGUGGCUGAGCUUCAGAAGAGAGUACAGUGCACGCCAAUGCAAAAUAAACUUCAGAUUUUAGUGGGUGAUGUAUUGAAAACAGAUCUUCCUUUCUUUGAUGUCUGUGUUGCAAAUUUACCGUACCAGAUUUCGUCACCCUUUGUCUUCAAACUUUUGCUUCACCGACCAUUCUUUAGAUGUGCAGUGUUGAUGUUUCAAAGGGAGUUUGCGAUGCGCUUAGUUGCUCAACCAGGAGACAAGCUUUACUGUAGAUUGUCCAUCAACACACAGCUGUUGGCUCGAGUUGACCAUCUCAUGAAGGUGGGGAAGAAUAAUUUCCGCCCUCCCCCUAAAGUAGAAUCAAGUGUUGUCAGAAUAGAACCCAAAAAUCCUCCACCCCCAGUAAACUUCCAGGAGUGGGAUGGUUUGGUUCGAAUAGCCUUUGUGAGGAAAAACAAAACGCUGAGUGCUGCAUUCAAGUCUGCAGCAGUGGAGCAGCUGCUUGAGAAAAACUACAAAAUUCAUUGUUCUGUUCACAGUGUGCCUGUACCAGCUGACUUCAGCAUUAGUAAGAAGAUUGAAAGUGUUUUGCAAGAAGCAAACUUCAGUGAAAAGAGAGCUAGAUCCAUGGACAUUGAUGAUUUCAUGGUACUACUUCAUGCUUUCAAUUCUGCAGGAAUCCACUUUUCUUAGAGGUCCUUUUUCUGUCAUAUAGUGAAUUAAACACAUCAUUUGUUGAAAGUAGAGCCAUGAACUUGUAAAGAUGAUUGAGGAGUUAUGUUGUUGCCCUUAUGUAUCAUGGGCAAAAAAAACUGAAAAUGUAAAAUAGUUUAGUGUUUUUGUAAAUUAACAAUUAAAUCAAUGCCAAAAUAAUUAAUAAACUUUAGUUACAUUUUCAGUUUC